GCUAUCGUCCAGGAGUCAUUGUCGGUGUCGACGUUCUGUUCCUUCCCGAUGUUGACCCUAGGCAGCUGAAGCCCGUUCUCAACAUAGUCGACUGGGGCUCGGGAUAUCAGGCGCUGGAACCCAUGCGGGAGAAGACGGCCAACGAGGCCUUCCGGAAGUUCUGGAAAGCAUGGGGCCGUCACUUUGGGUCGCCCGAGGUGAUGGUGACCGAUGCCGGCACCGAGUUCGGCAAGGAGUUCUGCGAGAUGGCGGCGGGACGAGGCAUCGUUACCAGACAGAUAGGCAGCAGGGCACCGUGGCAGCAGGGCAUCACUGAAAGACAAGGGGGUUUGGCGAAGUUGCUGUUUGAGCGGGUUCGAGACGAGGUGUGUCCCACCAACAAAGAGGAGUGGGCCACAGCGCUCAGGGAGACGGAAGCAGCAAAGAACAGGCUGUAUCACCGGAGCGGGUUCACUCCGGCUCAACGACACUUAGGUCAAAACCCCCGCCUUCCAGGUUGCCUGAUGAGUGACGACUUUCUCGAUGCCGAGCUCGUCGAGGAAGGUGCCCAGGGAGAGAUGAGGCGCGUGCUAGAGAUGAGACGGGUGGCGGCCGAAGCCUUCAUCAAGAUCAAAUCUCAGGCAGCGGCCCAGAGGGAGAUGGCCGAAGGAAAGCAAAGUGGGAAGCCCCAAUGGGUAGGCCCAGGACAGGUGCUUGCCGAAGAAGGACCGAAUCUCUGGGUUUCUAUGAGAGGGGAACUUUGGAAAGCGGCCAAAGAGCAGGUUCGGAAAGCCACUUCACUUGAACAUGAGGCUCAAGAUCUUCUACAAGGGGAGCUAUCAGAGCUAAAGGAGGAGCUUGCUAGGAACGAGGCCCGCAACUCAUUCAAGGACAUUACCAGUGAGCCAUUUCCCGAAGGAGAAGCAGAACCAGAGCAAGCACAGCCUAGGGGACAGAAGCGUAGAGUUACCUUUGAAGACGAGGAGCCUAGGCCUAGCGCACCGGGGGACCGUGCUGAACCAAGACGUGAAGCUGGAGAGCCGGAGACGGAAGCCGCAGCACCGGACACCUCCGGAACGAGUUCUUCCGGAUCGUCUUCUACGAGCAGUUCUUCCUCGAGUUCGUCGACGAGCGGGCCACCAAGUGCCACGGCUACCCCGAGGGCGGCCACUGGAGAGCGCCGAGAUUCUCGGCAAAGUGGCAACACCGAGCCGGAGCAGGAGGCCAGCGCGGACACCGAGCGGGAGGCAGGCGAGGGCUCCACUGAGUACAGGCCAGUCACAGCCGAAACCCGAGCAACGCGCCCGAGUCCGUACGACCCUAGGUCGAGAGAAGCUGGCUUCGUGGUUGUCACCGAGGAGGAGGACUUCAACGACGCAAGGUCCCAGGACUACUGGGAGUGGGACCCCGACACACGGGUCCUGAUCCGCUGGCACCAGUUCUCGAGGUGCGGGACGUUUAAGCCAAGCUCUGGGAAAGGGUGCCCGGUGCCGACCUCCUUGCUGGGCGAGGCGAGCACUUCGUUCGUGGAGUUUGAAGACGGCACCCAGACCGUGGAGAACAGCAGGUGGCGUUCGCGCACAGCCCGGGCAAAGCCGCUAAGGUCCUGGCGGGGAAGAACCGAGUUCCGCGUCAACUCCUUGGCGAACCCGGAGGUGCUCCAGGCCUUCAUCGCGAAGAAGCGUGGCAGCGACGAGGUGAAGACGAUUCCGCCCGAGGACGCAGAGCGAUGGCGCGAUGCUGAUGCCGCUGAGUGGGAGAAGGUAAGAGCUACCGGCGCCAUCCGGGAGCUGUCGCUCGAGGAGUCUGCGAAGGUUCUCCAGGAGCUCAAGGCGGCAGGCAAGCUGAACCGAGUGCUUCCCACCCGGAUGGUUCGAAGAAACAAGCCGGGCGAAUUGCCCGGGGAGCCCAGUACUCUGAAGUCUAGGCUCUGUAUCCGGGGAGACUGCGACCCGGAUGUCUUCAGCCUAGAACGGCAUGCUCCAACGGCAAGCUCGCUCACACUGGCCAUCGCCAUGCAGGUUUGUGCUAACCGAAAAUGGCGAGCUUCGGUCGGUGACCUACGAAAUGCCUUCUGUCAGUCAGAGGCGUUACACCGCAGAGAAGGGCGGCUGUAUGCCAAGCAGCCCGAGGGCGGACUUCGUGGUCUGGGGGAAGGGCAGCUGCUGGAAAUAGUGGCGGGAGCCUAUGGGCUCAACGAUGCCCCGGCCCAUUGGAGGAGGAGCCUAAAGAAAGCCCUGCAGCAGCUGAACUACGAGCAGUCGGUCAUGGACCCGACGCUGUUCGUGCUAAGGAAGCUUCGGCGGGUCGUCGGCAUGGUCAUCGUAGAGGUCGACGACUUGUGGACGGCCGGGAACGAGGAGCACUACCGGCAGAUCGACGCCCUGCGGCAGAGGUUCACCUUUGGAAAGUUUAAGUACCUGCAGGACGAGCCGGAGGGCGUGGGAUUCAACGGGCGUCGCAUGAGACAAGAUUCCUCAUACAACUUUUCCUACGACCUUCAGAAAUUCAUCAAUGAACGGCUGGAGCCCAUCGACAUCGAAGGGCAACUGGCGGAGACGCCUGCUACUCCGGGCGAAGUGUCUCAAGCCAGGGCGGUGCUCGGUUCGUUGAACUGGCUGGGUCGCGAAGGAAGACCGGACCUAGCCGGCGAGGUGAGCAUCCUCUCCAGCAGGAUCCCAGAGCUCCAAAUCAAGGAUUUGAGGGAGAUCAAUCGGACGGUCGCGAAGGCGAAGUCGACGGCGGACCUGUCGGUGAAGAUCGCCGGCAUUGACGAGGGUCGCCUUGGCUUUGGAGUAGUGAGUGACGCUAGCUACGCUAAUGUCCGAGGCGGCGGCUCCCAGGGAGGCCACUGCGUGAUUGCCUUUGAUAUUGGGAUUCAUAAGGGUGAGACGGUUCCUUGUAACAUCUUGUAUUGGAAGUCAGGCCGCAUUCACAGAGUGGUUAACUCCACCCUUGCCGCUGAGAGCAUGAGCCUCUCUCGAGCGCUAGGAGACCUGAUGUGGUGCGUUACACUCUUUAAUGAGUUGACGCACGAAGGCUUCGACCUCAGAGAGUGGGAGACUGCUUUGAAGCAUCGUCGGCUGUGUGUGAUUCCUGGGAAGCAGGGAGAUGCUCAGAACCUGGCGGUUGUUGACGCCAAAUCCCUGUAUGAUCAUUUGUCUAAGGAGACUUGUGGACACACUGCCGACCGCCGAACGGCGAUCGAGAUGCAGAUUAUUAGGCAGACUUUGAGUGAGCUCGGUACCUCCAUCAGAUGGAUCGAUCAUAACCGUAUGUUGGUGGAUGUUCUUACCAAGAUAGGCGGAAACGCAGAGCCACUCCACCGAGUUUUGAACACUGGACAGUGGAGCAUUGUGGCGGAGGCCCAAGAGAUCGAGCUUCGAAAGAAGCAGCGUACAGAGGGCAUAGCUAUCCGUCGCAACAAGUCUAGACUUGCGCUCCGCCUUUCCUUGACCAGUGCCAUAGCAGCUGCGAGUUGUGCCGAGAUCUCCCGAGAGCUGCCACUGUCAGUCGACAAAGAGGUGAACUCUAUGGAAGGGCCCCUCUUCGAUGCCUUCCUCAUGGCGCUGCUGAGGGACUUUCACUUGAACAAAGACCAGGUGAUGGCCAUCUACAUGAACCAAGGUGACAAGGCCAAAGAGACGCUGAUCCGCAUGCUGCCCGCCAUCCUCCAUCCUCGGGCUCUGCUGCAUGCUGCCCAGAACACCGACUCGAUCAAGGACAUCCUGGAUUUCGAAAGAUCUGCGAGGGCCCCGCUGUCUCUGAAUCUGGAAAACCCCACAGGGCAUUAUGCCCUGCGACUUGAACACCUUCCCACUCGAAGUGUCGUCCAGAAGCUCCUGCUGCUGAACCGCUGGCAGCUACACCUCUGGCGGAAAGCCAACCUCGUCGAUGUCAGCAUCGAUGGCAAGGGGAAGUGCCUUCGGAAUGCUUUGCUGGACGGAAAAUCUCUCAGCUUCUCCGAUGCUGACUGGCGUAUCCCUCCGCAAGGGCUGCUGACCUUUGACUUUGUGGCCUUGUACAGGCCGCCUGCGGCGGCCAAGCCAAUCCCCAUCGAGACAUGGGGGAAUGUGCUUGCAGCACUGCAGGCUGAGUUGGCUCCGAAGAAGAAGGAAGAUAUGAAAGUCGAGGAGGAUCCUCAGAGCAGCCUGAAGAUAAGCCAGGCGAUCUGGGCGCUUCGGGGCAUCAGCUCAAGAGUUUGGAUCCUCUCGCGGCAGCUGCGAAACCUCCUGUGCGUUUUCCUGCACCGAGAUGACCGGGCCACAGUGCUUUGCAUGAUGUUCCUGCGAUGCGUGGACUGGCCCAUCAAUGGCAAGUGUUGUCAACCGAAGUUCACGAAGCAGCACUGGAAGAGCCUCAGUGAAAAGCUGGGCUACAUGAACCUCUUCCCUUACGGGCAGCCAGAGAUGUCCUUUCACACCAUCGACCUUGCCCAGUGGGAACAGCGACGAUGCCUGCACACACUCGUCCGCCUGUCAAAUGCGGAAGAUGCAGUGAACAUCAAGAAUCCCGUGAUGGACAAAGAUGCGAACCCAAAUGCCCCUGCCUUCCAACCUUUCGUUGCAGGCAUUCCAAACUCCUGGGCCGAGUGGGACAAUGUGCCGGCCCAGGGAAUCAUGCAGUGCACCUACAACUGUGCGGUGGACCGCCAAAAUCUCAAGGUCCGCAGGCGGCUUGCAGCGACGAUAGGGGGCUGGGCACACCUGCCGGACACGGCCUUCGACUUCUGGUCGUGCUUGGAGGAUGUACCACCGGAAGUCCUCAAGGUGGUGGUGUUCAUGAUCCGCAACUGGAAAAGCACUGAUGCAGCCUUUACUGCCCUGAACACGCAGCCAGACAACAUGCUGAACCACAAGGAGUUUGUGGAUGGCCUAGCGAAAGCCGGCUGCUGCCGCACGCGAAGGCCCAAGACGCGGACGGUGACGAUGUCAAUAACCCUGGGCUCAAGAGGACCCCCUGGAAGUCCCUCCGGCGGGGAGCCAGAGAGCGAGGACACUGGGCAGUUGGAGGCCUUGUCCAGCGUGUUCCGAUACUUGGAUACCUCACAUGAUGGCGACAUCUCACGGCGGGAGUUCGAGACGCUGGAGCGUGUUUGGCGCGAGCUUCAACAAUCCAUGUAUGAGCUCAAGAAUGACUUGGAGAUCUUCUAUGGAUCGCUGACGAAGGCCUUCGAAGCCAUCGAUCAGGACGAGAGCGGCGCGAUCUCCUUCGAAGAGUUCCGAAAGUGUGUUGAGGCAACGCAGUUCGACGGGCCCGUCACGGAGAUCUUCAUGUUUGUUGACAUGAACGGGGACCAGGAGAUUGACGGCGAGGAGUUCUUCAUCCUUGAAGAAUACAGUCACGCACCCCCCUUGCCAGACUUUACGGAUGCCAAGACUGCAAAGAUGGCCAGCCACGCAGCCGCACUCGGCCUCUGCAUCUCUCCUGCCUGGGCUAUGGCCGGAGCCGUUGUGCUGUGGUGUUUUGCCUGUGAGGACUCCUCCAAAAAUAGGCAUGUUCGACAAAACUUCGGACUGUUCGGACACGUCUUAGUGGAGCAGCCAGAUUGGUGCGACGGGCGAUGCCUCCGCUUCUCUCAUUUUAAAACCCAGAAAGUGUACAGCGUUUGCGCCUCAUGGGCUGUGAGCAUGCGCAGCGUCGUAGACGUUCUGCUUCCGACAGAGAUGCGGAAAAAUCUGCGAACCGAGAUCAGUUUGGGGAGCUCUGAGCGAAUCGACGAGGCGCCGAUCGUGCACUUCACGGAGGGAUCAGAGGGCGCAGCAAAGGAAGUACCUUUGGAGCACCUCGUGGAUCUGUGCUUCGACGAGCUGCUGGGAGAUCUCCAAGGACGUCUUGCUGACUCCCGUGGCUCGGCGACUAGCCCACGCUUGGUCCGCACAGCGAAUGCCAGCUGCAGGAGGUGUGGAGUGCCCAAGGGCUCUGGUGCUUAUGCAGGCUCAGGCGCUCAAGCUCCAGCAGCACCGAUUCAGGAUGGCACCAGGGCAGGAGACUGGACGUGCCCGCUUUGCAAAGGUCUUGUGUUCGGCAGUCGAAGCCAAUGCCGCAAGUGUGGAUGCCACAGGCCGGCAAGCUCUGCCGCCGCUACUCCGACUCCCGCCGAGGUGCCUGCUGGCGGUAAGAGUGGCGACUGGACCUGUCCCACCUGUGGAGACCUCGUGUUCUCCAGCCGAGGCCAUUGUCGGAAAUGUGGCGCCAGCAAGCCCGGAACCAGCACUUCUCCGGGGGAUGGCAAAGACUGGACCUGUCCCCGAUGUGGCGAUCUUGUGUUUGGCAGCAGAAGCUCGUGCCGCAAGUGUGGGGCCGAGCGCCUCGUGACAGCCAAGCCGACUGUGCAAAUGCACACUGGCGAUUGGCGAUGCCCGAAGUGCAACGACCACCAGUUUGCGAGGAAUGAACGCUGCCGCAGCUGCGGAGAGGCUAGGCCAAGCGCAUCUUGGCUGGGCACCGCUGUGGGCUUGGCACCGCCGUGCUACUGGACCUCCAAAGAGGGCGAUGGGCCACCUUGGCGGAUUGUGCCGGCUGAUGCUGCAGAGAUCGCAGCCCUGAGACUAGCGAUGGAUCCAGGUGGGAGCCUGGGCGGGCGGGAUCAGCGCGCCGCAGGCAAGCACCAAGGAUUCCAACUCCACGGAGCAUGGCGCCUCCAGCAUCCAGGACUUUGGGGCAAAUAUGCCAUGGAGCGGGAAAAUCUGCGUCAGAUUGACAUGAAGUCGAUUUCGUCGGCCGUGCCAUCAGUGCAGCUGCGCCGACAGUAUGUGGAGAUGGCCGAGAAGCUUCCAGCCGCGCUGUUCACCGAUGUCAACGAGGUCUUCCUCUCCCAUGGCACGGUGCCAGACAGCGUGCUCCCUAUCUUGAGUGGUGGCCUGAAUGAGCGCUUCAGCGGUGGCCUCUUCGGCAACGGAACCUAUCUGGCCGAGGAUAUUGGCAAGAAUGAUCAGUACUGCAGGGCUCAUUUUCCUGGGCAGCACCCGGAGUUGGAGCAGCUGCUUUACGGCGAUUCUGGAAUCAGCCAUCCAGGUGAUGUCUUCUACAUGUUCGUGUGUCGAACUCUGCUGGGUUACAGCAUCCGUACGAGAGACGGCGGGUCGGAUGUGGACAACAAAGGUCGCAGCAUCUGGUCGUCUGAGAAACGCGAGCUGGCAGCUAUACCGAGUUCAAGCCCGCCGGUCCUUCACCACAGUCUGGUUGCAGAGACCGGUGGAGUCAUAGCUCGGUACCGCGAGUUCAUGGUCUUCCAUGGCUCCAGGAUAUAUCCUGAGUAUCUGGUGGCCUACUUGCGAUGCGGGCGGAGGGUUUUUCUGAUUUUGAUUGGGCGGGUGGUGGGGUCUUUCAAGGCCAACCGUGCCGAGCUGCCAAAGCAGCGCCACAAAGGGCAAGAACGCUUUGUGCUGUGUGUCCGGCGAGUCGAGUUGUACAGUGCGACCUCGACGGCGGGCCAAAAUGCUUUCGGAUGCCCAGAAGAGCUGCGUGUGCGGAACCCCUUUGACUUUGCCAGCUCCUUGCUGAGCCACAUGAGUCUCGACACCUUUGUGACCUCGGAGGAGGAGCAGAUCUUCUCUUGGGCCCCGGGCCGCUUGCCAAAGCACUUCAGCCGCGGCAAGCAGCAGUACCUGGACGUGGCGCUCAGCGGCCUCAGGUACAGUGGCUAUGUCGAUGCGGUCGUGCAGCGAUGGGUUCUGGUAGUCGACGAGUACCUUCAGUGCCCCCGGGACUUCGUCCUGGUGCGUUACGAGGACUUCUCAUCCGACCCUGUCCAAGAGACGCGAAAUCUCCUACAUGCGCUGGGGUUCGCUCACCUCUGGGGGCAGGGAGCGGAGGAGCGGGUCCAUCAAGUGGCAGAGGUGCAAUACCAGACAAAGGGCCAGCACGGCAGAAACCCCGAAGAGGUGUUUGGCCCUCGGAUGCUCGCCCGCCUGGUCGUUGCAGUCCAGACCCGGGCAGAGCUUUUGGGAUACGGGUCGCUGCUGCCAGCCGUCAAGGCCGUGCCCGAAGAUUGGCCGGCGAUUGAUGUGCCACCCACACCUGUGGUCUUCGAACUGCAUGCCGAAGAGCUCUGGGGCCCCGGGAAGCAGAUACCAGCGUUCGAGGUGGUGAAGGCGCCUGCGCCACCCCCUGCACCGGAACCUGAGGAGACAAAGCGGCCAGCUCCGCUGCCCCCCGACAUCACUUCGCUUAGGUUUCGUGCUGGUGACUGGAAGCCGGGACAGCCAGGUGGAGGCGGAGGAGGCAAGCAGCCACCGCUGACAACAACUGGUGUUGCUCCCUGGGCGUUCAAGGGAGGUGCUGGCUCCAAGCAGCCUCCGGUAACCGUCACAGGGGUGGCCCCGUGGGCGUUCAAGAAGGACGCAGCGCCGCCCCCGCCACCACCAAAGCUGAACAGUUUGGAGGAGACUCCCGAGGAAGAUGAAGAGCAGAAGCCGGUAUCUGGAUUGGAUCGAGUGCACAAGUACAUGAAGCUCCUGCUGCCUGCAGCAGCCGCCGAAGGUCCCACCAGUUGGGAGGCAGCAUUAAUGGAGGAAGCUCCGACGCUCCUGCCUACGCUGAAAUUCCACAACCUGGUGUACGGUGCAGAAGACAUAGGUCAGGGAGCUUUCAGCGUGGUGCGAUACGCACGCGCCAUUCAGCAGGAGAAGACUCAGUCCCAGUGGCCCGAGUAUGCCGUCAAGGUCAUAAACACAAAGACCAUGGAGGAGCUCGGGUACGAGGCAUCUGUAAAUCGCGAGAUUUGCGUGCUGAAGAUGCUGAGUCACCCCGGAAUCGCGCGGAUGGUUGCUGCCUUCCGUUACCGCGAUGGUGCUUACUUAGUGUUGGAGUAUGCCCACAAGGGUGAUCUGCACAACAUUCUGGUUGGUGCUGGGAAGCUUGAAGAGGAUGUGGUCCGCUUCCUUGUGGGAGAGGUGGUGGCUGCGCUGUGUGCGAUACAUGAUAUAGGUCACUUCCUCGAAUCAUGCGAAGCUUACCGACUUCGGCGGGUGUCGUCCUAUCACGGACGAGUGUACCUUGAUAGCACGCUGCUGGACUCUGAUGUGUUCCUUGCGCACGCUGGUGAAUUUCGGCGCGACCUGGAAGCAGCCAGAGCGCCAACAGUGUUUGCGCAGGCUUUGGCACUCGCAGCGGGGCAUGGCCAGCUGACUGUGCCGACGGUUCGAGGGGACUCGCUGGGACGCCGGGAAAGCCAUGAACAACGGGCCCCUGUCUACACACUUGAUGGCAAUCGGGGCGGUUACUCUGCCACGAGCAUGCGAUGUCACGAUUUCAACCCAGACUCAGACGGACCGAAGACCACUCUGCAAGCUGGGUCCUCCUUUGAUGUGACCUGGACCAUGGAGGCCGGACACCCUGGCGACUGUUACUUCUACGUCAGCUACGAUCCCGAUCCCAGCAAUGUGGUUAACUUCUUCAAAAUUGCUGCAAUCCCGGGCUGUGGUGCACCGGAUGGACUAAACAUCCCUUCGUCUGUCAGCACUUCAGUUCUCCUUCCGGCAGAACUGCCGGCCUGUGAGCACUGCGUGCUGCGUUGGGAGUGGACCGGGCAUCAGCAGGUUGUCAACAUCGAAUUUUAUGUCCAGUGUGCGGACAUCAAGAUCGCCAGCAGCGCUCAGCCCGUGCUGCCUUCACCGAUGACGCCGAUCUCGGGCAUUGAGCAUCUGCCGCAGGGUGCUGAAGGAUACCGCAAGGUAUACAACGGUCAGGGCCCAGAGGAGCAGUACCUCGUGGGACCCGCCAUAGCGACCUACAGCUCCUGCGACGCGAACACGCCAGGUUGCCUGGGCUUGGGAAUAGCGCCGAUUCCGACUGACUCGACGUCGCCAUCUGCCGCGACCUCCACGACAGCGGAGACUUCAAUCGUCACCUCGCCGUCUGAAGCAGGAUGCACAUGUACCCCGAGCACUGAAUGGACCGGUGACUUCAGCCAGUAUGCUUCAGAUCAGGACUUCUGCAGCCAGAACUUCGGCGGGUCCAACCCUUGGAUAUCUGCCGGUGGUGGGCCGGGCACCUCUGGUGGAUUCAGUGGUGCCGGCCCUUGCACUUCUGGACAAUACAACUUCCAGGAGGAUGGCAGCUGGCACAUCUCGGCUGGGAAGGAGGACGCUCUGGGCGUGAUGCCCUAUCGAGCUUUCGCAUAUGCCCAGUUCUGCAACGGCAAAGCAUAUUCCGAGUGCUGGACCACUGGCGCGGCUGCCUUUAGCUUCUCCUUGAUGGUUCGUGGUGUGAGCCAGACUGGAGCCUAUGUCAAAGUGCUGUUUUGGACCGACUCGGGCAACAUCCUGGGGCUGGUGCCUCCAAGUCAUCCGAAAGGUGAAGGCAAGCUCCGACUCGUUGCCUUCAUGACCGAUGAUUAUCCGAAUUCCUGGGACUUCGAGCUGGAGAUCUCUGAGUCUACGUGGUACCAUAUCCAGGUUGCUUUCCAAGCGUCGACAGGCGCUGCAGAGAUCUCCGUGAAUGGUGUGGUUUUGGGUUCAGGAACCUUGCCGGUAAACAUGCUGGCAGCGACCACCGGACCGCAAAUCGGAAUUUAUUCCUUUGACUACGGGACGAGCUGGCCUGACGAGGGUGUCGUGUUGUCUUUGGCAGAUGUCUGCAUUGGAGAAGUUGCUGGAACCUGUCGUUCAGGUGUCAUCGCCUCUCCAACUGAAACAUCACCUUCAGUAGCUUCAACGGCAUUGUCAACGACAGCUGCAGGCGCAACAUCAGGCAACUCGGGGAAUGAAGCAGAAGUGGCUGCAGGAACGACCACCAGCCCUGCACAGUCGCCAGGCGCUCAGCCUGGAGCUGACAGCUCUGGGGCUGACAGCUGCCCGUUGGAAGGAUUCGGGCUUCCGUCCUUCGUGUCCCAGUGCUACUGUGGCUUUGUUGGCCCCGACGGAGCAGGUUGCGGGCCCGAUGAUGGCACGGCCUGCUGGUGCAAGUGCUGCUGCCAUCAUGUGGCAGGUGGUAGCUGUCGCUACCGCAUGACAGAGAUGGAGGCGAUGGAUGAGCUUUCCUCGCACGCUGUCGAAGCUUCCAUCGGUGCGAUGAGCAUGGGCAUCAUCGGGACAAUGCUCACAGCGGCGGUGCGCUGCCGACAGGCUCUGUUGAAGCGGCUUCGCGAUGGCGACUGGCAAGCACAGGAUGUCCCAGAAGCGACGCCAGCAGAGUGUGAAGAAGAGGAGCUCGUUGCAGAAGACGACCGUGUUGAGGGCACGAUGCUCUACCUGCCCCCUGAGGCAGGCAACUCGUCUUAG